AUCCUAUCAUCUGUUUUUGCUUUCUCUAUCCCUCGCUCACCUCUCCCAACACCACAAGCUUUUCCUCUCACCGACGUGGCACUUCGCCGUUCGCUCCUCCGCCGAUCACUCCUCCUUAUCCCCAUUCCUCCCUCUCCCUCUGCUGCUUUGUCAAACCACCGGUCACCGGCGAAACAUUAUUCUUUACACAUAUAUAUGAUCAAUGACCAUUUCUCAACCUCACGCUCUCCCUAGUGUUUGUUGCCCCCGUUCUGUUUCCCUAACGAAAUAUCUGAAUCCAUGGAUUUCAUGUAAACAUUCCACAUGUUUAUUUCACAAGAAGGUAGCAUCUGUGGACUACUUACUAUCCACUAAGGUUUAUUCAAGGAAGAGAUACCAGAUAAACCUAUGUUUAUUAGAAGAUGGAACUCUUGGUCUUAGUUCCAGAUCAUUAAACCCCCAAUUAUCCUAUUUCACCCAUUACAAAUCAAGAAGAACAAGACAAUUUUUCCCAUUUGCUUCUGCUGAUGAUGGUGUAACAGUUAAUGGAGCAAGUACUAGUGGUGAUGUUGAGGAAAUGAGGGUUAAACUUGACCAGUCAUUGCAAAAUGAAGAAUAUAAUAGUGCACUUAUUCAAUCAUUGCAUGAUGCGGCAAGGGUAUAUGAAUUAGCCAUUAAAGAUCAGAUCUCUGCAUCCAAAUCAUCAUGGUUUUCAACAGCUUGGCUUGGUAUAGACCAAAAUGCUUGGGUGAAAGCCUUAUCUUAUCAGGCCUCAGUGUAUUCGUUACUUUUAGCAGCAUGUGAGAUUUCAUCUCGUGGUGAUAGAAGAGAUCGUGAUAUCAAUGUUUUUGUUCAGAGGAGUCUCUCAAGAUAUUAUGCUCCUUUAGAAAGUGUAAUACGCGAUGCACUCUCAGACAAACAACCAGAACUUUAUGAAUGGUUUUUAUCCCAACAAAUGCCAUCUGUCGUUUCCAGUUUUGUCAAUUAUUUUGAAAAAGACCAAAGAUUUUCAGCUGCUACAGGCGUGGUAAGAAAAGGAACAUCUGUAACUUCAGGGGAUGCAAGUGACAGGUCUUUGCUUCUUUUUGCAUUGAGUUGCAUAGCAGCAAUAACAAAACUCGGCCCCACAAAAGUUUCUUGCACACAGUUUUACUCUAUUCUCCCUGAGAUAACUGGUAGACUGAUGGAUAUGUUGGUUGAGUUUGUUCCUAUACACAAAGCUUAUGGCUCUAUAAAAGAGAUUGGAUUAAAAAGAGAGUUUUUAGUCCAUUUUGGACCUCGAGCUGCAGCUUGUAGAGUGAAAGAUGAUCAAGGAACUGAAGAAGUUUUAUUUUGGGUAAGUCUUGUACAGAGGCAUCUACAACGCGCUAUUGAUAGAGAGAGAAUAUGGUCAAGAUUGACCACAUGUGAAAGUAUUGAGGUGUUGGAUAAGGAUUUGGCUAUUUUUGGAUUCUUCAUUGCUUUAGGAAGGAGGACUCAGUUGUACUUAUCUGCAAAUAACUUUGAAGCAGCUCCGAAACCAAUUGAAGGAUUGAUCAGGUAUCUUAUUGGUGGAAGUGUGCUAUAUUAUCCUCAGCUUUCAUCAAUAAGCUCUUAUCAACUGUAUGUGGAGGUUGUAUGUGAAGAAUUGGAUUGGCUUCCAUUUUAUCCAGGUGACAUUGACACUCAAAAAGGCUCACAUGGCCAUAAAACUAAACAAGGUCCUCCAAAUGAGGAAGCUAUCCCUGUUGUUUUAGAUGUUUGUUCACACUGGAUUCAGAGUUUUAUUAAAUAUAGUAAAUGGCUUGAGAACCCUUCUAAUGUCAAAGCUGCAAGGUUUCUUUCUAGAGGGCACAACAUUUUACAAGACUCUAUGGAAGAACUAGGCAUACCUAAGAAGCGUAUGAUCGAAAGCAGCACGAAUAAUACUUUUGAGAUCACACGUUCAGGAGGUUAUUCUCCAUUGAAAAAACAACUAGAUUCCUUCGACAAGGCAUUAGAGAGUGUUGAUGAUGCCCUUAUAAAGCUUGAGGGGCUGCUUCAAGAGUUACACGUAUCCAGCUCCAGUUCUGGAAAGGAGCAUCUAAAAGCUGCUUGUUCUGAUCUUGAAAAGAUUAGGAAACUUAAAAAAGAGGCUGAAUUUCUUGAGGCGUCAUUUAGAGCAAAAGCAGAUUCCCUUCAGCAGGGAAAUGAUGAUGGUCGUGCUGAGAGGCAAUCUGGUUCUAAUGUAGACCUGGAUAUGUCCAGCAGUAAACCUGAUGUCUUAUGGAGCUUGCUGCUACGUCGUCCAACCCCAACCACAGAAACUUCCUACAAAAAUGAUGAUGAUGAUGAUGACACAAGUCUACUUGAAUCAAAUGAAAUCCAACGUUUCGAAUUAUUAAGAAACGAACUCAUGGAACUCGAAAUGCGAGUUGAAAGAAGCACUAAACGCUCUGAAAACGAAGAGGAGGAUCUUAAAAUGACUAAUUAUCCUAAAGAUCCUGAAGGGGUUCAACUAGUGAAAGCACAGGAGAAAGAGAAUAUAAUCGGAAGGUCCAUAAACAAGUUGAAAGGAAGCACCACAGAUGUAUUGCAGGGUACCCAACUUUUAGCCAUUGAUGUUGCUGCAGCUACAGGGUUGCUUAGAAGGGUGCUUAUAGGAGAUGAAUUAACUGAUAAAGAGAAACAAGCUCUUAGAAGAACUUUGACUGAUUUAGCAGCUGUAAUUCCAAUUGGCUUUCUCAUGCUACUACCUGUGACUGCAGUUGGGCAUGCAGCAAUGUUGGCUGCUAUUCAAAGAUACGUACCAUCGAUGAUUCCAUCGACGUAUGGACAAGAUAGGCUGGAUCUUUUAAGGCAGCUUGAGAAGGUGAAGGAAAUGGAAACAAUGGAGGGGAACCCUACAGAAGAGAAAUUAUAGAAAAAAGUUCUAACAAAUCAUAUACACGUGAUUAAAUUCAAAAAGGAAGAGUUAAGUUUUUAUAGCUUUAGUUUCAUGAGUUGUACUUCAUGCAAUGAAGGUUGUAUGCUCCACUUCCUGUGCUUUUAAAAAAGAACAAGUUUGAAAAUAUGCUUUAGAAAGGUUCUCUAUUAUAUCAAUGUUUUAUUGGUCUG